AUGUACUACAAUAGCGUUCAACCUUCUGGAUACCGUGACUCUACACUGCUUCGGUCGAGACGAUCAUCUCGAUAUUUGUCGUCAGGAUUACAUUCCACCGCAACACUGGUUGGUCGAAGGAAGAAGAAAGUUGCCAUAGAAGAAUCAGUAUCAGUACCCAGCACUCCUGAAGCCCCAACGGUUUCAUUUGACGACCUGUCUCCUGUUGGCAAAGUCAUUGCUGGAACCACUCAAAUCGCCGUUACGACCGCUAUGGACUUUGUGUCUGGCUUUCUCUCAGGCUACGUACUCGGAACAAUAGUCGGUGUCCCUAUGCUUUUGAUUAAACCAUUAGAUUCUGGUGUUCCAAGGGUCUUCAUGACGGAAGUGAAAGGGCGAUUGGGUCGCAUGAAUGCCAAGUCAAUGAGGUGGGGAACCGGUUGGGGUGGGAUGUCAGCUGCUUUUGGUGGGUUCAAGACUAGUGUACUAGUUCUACGGAAUGGAAAGCAUGAUUCUUGGAAUGAGGUAUUCUCGAGUGCUGCCGCUGGUGCGUGGUUUGCUCGAAAAGAGGGACCACAAGCAAUGUUGAAGGGUGCUAUCCUGUAUGGGGGUAUGAUAUACGUUUUCUCUGGCGCUGGCAGGCGAGGGACUCUUCCACCAGAGGAAUAUACAGAGGCGCCUGUCGAGUUCUAA